AAGCAAAAUUCUAACCAGACAGCUUAUAAGUUAAAAAUUUGGAGACUUUUGUUAUUUAUAAAUAAAUGCCCUGUCAUUCAUCUACGAAAGCUAAUGUAAUACUAAACUUUCAAGAACAACCAUUAAUCCAAGCUAAACUUUCUAUCAUCCUCUUCUUUACAAAUGGAGACUAAUCAAUUUUCUCAGUCCUUCCAAAUUCUAUUUGCUUUUGCAUUACUCGUUCCUGUAUUCAUCAAAUUAGGAAUUACUAUUAUUAGAUACAACACCAAAAAAUCUACAGCUCCAAUUAGGCUCCCUCCUGGGCCAUGGAAGCUACCAAUAAUCGGAAACAUGCACCAAUUAGCAGCCGGCGGCCCGUUAACCCACCAGGUCAUGACCCAAUUAGGAAAAAAAUAUGGAUCCUUAAUGCACCUUCAACUCGGAGAAGUGUCUACAAUUGUAAUUUCCUCAGCAGACACAGCAAAACAGGUGAUGAAAACUCAGGACAUAAAUUUUUCUUCAAGGCCACCGCUUCUUGCAAUGAAGAUUUUCGUGUACGAUUACACGAGCGUUGGUUUUGCACCGUAUGGCGAGUACUGGAGAAAGAUGAAGAAAACUUGUAUAGUGAAUUUUCUAAGUGCCAAACAUGUUCAGUCCUUUCGUUCGCUUAGAGAAGAAGAGUUUUCGGGGCUUAUAAAAUGGUUAGACAUACAAGCUGGAAUUGGAUCCCCUGUUAAUUUGACAAAAAAGUUGCAUUCAACUUUGUCUAGUCUUGUUGCUAGAGCAGCGUUUGGUAAAAGAUUUAAAGAUCAAGAAACGUUUAUUUCACUUAUUGAUAAAGGUGGGAAAUUGGCAGCAGGAUUUAAUGUAGCUGAUUUUUUCCCUUCGUUUAAGUUGCUUCAUGGAAUUAGUGGAAUACAGGGGAAACUUCAAAGUUUGCAUAAAAAAGCAGAUAAAAUACUUGAGGAUUUUAUACUUGAACAUAUUGCAGCAGCAAGCAAUGGUGUUGGUGCCUCAAAUGAUCAGAAUUUAUUGGAUGUCCUUUUAAGAUUUCAGAAGGAAGAAAAUCAAAUAACUCAUGACAACAUUAAAGCAGUUGUCCUGGACAUGUUUGGUGCUGGAAGUGAAACAUCAGCAACAAUCAUUGACUGGGCAAUGGCUGAGUUGCUGAAGAACCCAAGUGUUUUAAAUAAAGCCCAAGAAGAGGUCAGAGAUUUGUUCAAUGAUAAAGGCUGUGUGGAUGAGACAUACUUUGAUAACUUAAAGUACUUAAAAUCAGUUAUCAAAGAGACACUAAGGUUACACCCACCACUCCCUUUCUUACUGCCAAGAAUAAGUAGGGGAAAAUGUGAAAUCAAUGGCUAUGAAAUACCAGCAAAAACACAAGUGUUUGUGAAUGCUUGGGCAAUUGGAAGAGAUCCGAGAUAUUGGAAGGAACCAGAGUGCUUUAAACCGGAGAGAUUUCUGGAUAGUUCAAUUGAUUUUAGUGGAAAUAAUUUCGAGUACAUUCCAUUUGGUGCUGGAAGAAGAAUAUGCCCGGGCAUGUCAUUUGGUUUAGCAACUCUUGAGCUACCAUUAGCACUUCUUCUUUACCAUUUUGAUUGGAAGCUUCCCGUUGGGAGGAGCCAUCAAGACUUGGAUAUGACUGAGACUUUUGGUUUGUCUGUCACUAGAAAACUUGAUUUGUAUGCAAUUCCUAUAGUCUCUAGACCCUUCACCGUUUAAUUAUAAGGAAAUCUCUCUCUCCAACAAUUUAAAGAAUUUUUACAUUAUUAGUGCAAUUUAACUCCUUGAGGAUAGAAUUGUUGAAGAAAAUAGACAGCAAACUUAAAAAC